UCUUGUUUUCUUCUUCGAACUUUUUUUUCUUCCUCAUACUUCACCUUCAUAUAAAAUCGAAACGCAAACCCCAAAUCCAAAUUUUCUCUCCUGGGUCUCCCUUUCUCUCUCUCCUCAACACAUACUCAACCCCCUCUCAUUUUCUCUGAGACUCUGUCUCACUGAAUUAGCAAUCAAAAUGCCUGCUUGGUGGGGAAGAAAAUCUACAAAGAACAAGCAGCAGCAACAAGAAGUUCAACAACAGAUACAGCAAUACCCACCUGGAAACAAUCAGAAUCUGAUCAAAUCUUCGAUCGGAAAUGAUAAGAAGAUAGGGAAAGACAAGCCCAAGAGCUUUGACGAAGUCUCUGCUGCGGUGUUUUCGCGUAAUUCGCCGCGAAACAGCAAAGAUUUAGGUGGCGGCGGCGGGAGUGGAUCUUCGGGGUUUUCGGGUUUCGAUUCCGAUAGGGGGCAUCCUCUGCCUCGGCCGUCGAUAUCGUCAACGCCGUCUCUGGGGAUCGAUCAUGGAGUUGGGCUGGGAUCUGGGUCGGUUUCGGUGUCCAGUGUGAGCUCAUCUGGGUCUUCCACUGAUGAUCAUAAUCAUAUCGAUAACGGUCAAUUGGGUGUUUCAAGAGGAAAUGGGGAGAUCAAGCUCAUCCCGUCGCCUAGAAGCCCAGGUCCAGCUUCAAGAGGGGCUACCACCACCACAUCACCUCGGCAUCCACGAUUUUGUUGUACGAGUAUGGAUUCCCCAACAGGAAAGCUGGAAGAUGGGAAGAGUGAAUAUCAUCGUCUGCCUCUUCCACCCGGGUCUCCUCCUAGCCCUUCUGCCUUGCCCAAUCCAAGAACUUGUGGAGUGACUGAGAACACAAAUUCUAAUUUGUCAAAAUGGAAGAAGGGAAAGCUUCUCGGAAGGGGGACAUUUGGGCAUGUUUACCUUGGAUUUAACAGUGAAAGUGGGCAGAUGUGUGCAAUAAAAGAAGUCAGGCUGGUUUCAGAUGAUCAAACGUCUAAAGAAAGUCUCAAGCAAUUGAACCAGGAGAUCACUUUGGUUAGUCAACUUUCACAUCCAAACAUUGUUCAAUACUAUGGAAGUGAACUGGGUGAAGAAACGCUGUCAGUUUAUUUGGAAUUUGUCUCUGGUGGUUCCAUUCAUAAAUUAAUUCAAGAAUAUGGUCCCUUUAGGGAGCCUGUUAUCCAAAAUUACACUAGGCAGAUUCUUUCAGGUCUUGCCUACCUACAUGGAAGAAACACAGUGCACAGGGAUAUCAAAGGGGCAAAUAUAUUAGUAGAUCCUAAUGGCGAAAUCAAGCUUGCAGACUUUGGAAUGGCUAAACAUAUAACAGCUUAUUCGUCAAUGCUUUCUUUCAAAGGAAGUCCUUACUGGAUGGCACCCGAGGUUGUGAUGAAUACAAAUGGAUACAGCCUUGCAGUUGAUAUAUGGAGCUUGGGGUGUACAAUUCUUGAAAUGGCAACAUCAAAACCACCUUGGAGCCAAUUUGAAGGGGUGGCUGCGAUAUUUAAAAUUGGAAACAGCAAAGAAAUUCCUGAGAUACCAGAUCACCUUUCCAAUGAAGCGAAAAGUUUCUUGAAGCUAUGCUUGCAACGAGACCCAGCUGCUCGUCCUACGGCAUCAAAAUUAUUAGAUCACCCUUUUGUUCGAGACCAAGCCACCACAAAACUUGCCAAUGCCAACAUAACCAAGGAAGCAUUUCCUUAUAAAUUUGAUGGAAGUCGGACACCGCCGGCUGCCUUAGAGCUACGUUCCAACAGAAUGAGUUCCAAUUCCUGUGAAGGAGAUUAUGCAACAAGACCAGCAGCCACAACCUCAAGAGCUUUGAGAAGCCCAAGGGAUAAUAAUGCAAGAGUGAUAGCGUCUCUGCCUGUAUCUCCCUGUUCCAGCCCAUUACGAAAUUAUGGACCAGCGUACAAGAGCUGUUUUCUUUCCCCUCCGCACCCAUCUUACACGUUGACAGCGCAAAGCAGUUACAAUUUGAAUGACUACUCAAUGUUUCCAAUGAGACCAAACACAAAAUACACACUUGAUCCUUGGAGUGAGAUCCCCCAGUUGAGAGCCCAAACACCUGAUAGAUCACCAAGAACAAGACCUAUUGGAUCGAGCAGCCAAGCAAGAUACACAACGAUGGGUGAAAAUGCCUAGAGAAUCGCUUCUCUCACAGAGAAUGUGAUUGGGUCUAAUGGCGAAGAUUAUAGAUUGAGAGAGAGAGUUGUUUUGUCUCUCAAAAGAAAUGAAAGGGAUGAGAUUCAACAGCACCAGAAACACAGAGGGAUAAUGAUUAUACACUGCCAGGAAAAUGGAAAGGAAUAGAACUGCGGGUGAGAGGACAUACGAAAUUUCGAAUGCAUGGGGAAUAGAUGCUAGAUUUUCUCAAUGUUGUAACAUUCUUCUUCUUGAUUUCAUGUAAAUGGAAAGUGGUCAUUGUGAUCUUAAAAUUUAUGCUUAUAUUUUGGGUGAGAUGUCCACAACACUUCGAAUGAAGCCUGAUUUGAAAUGGUCCAGUGCUUAGUCGAUUUUCUUCA